CGCACGGCACGGCGCGGCGGCGGGGUGCCUCUGACCGCCGUAAUGUCGGGCUCGGAGCGGCGGCGGCCGGCAGGUGAAAAACAGCAUCGUAAAACGAGGGGGCAGCCCCGAGGGGAGCCGGGCUCCGGUGCCCAGGGCGAACGGUGAUGUGUGGCAGCGGGACGCGAGCAGCACAGCGGCGUGGGUUUGGUGCCCGAAGAUGCCUUUAGCCUUCCGUACAUGUACUGUUGGGGUUUUUUUGUGCGAUUUGGCCGCGUCCAGUCAGAUAGCAAACCUACAUUAACCACCUCAGAUGGAAAUCAGAACAUCACGGAAGUAGAUGCACUUGAUAUAAGACAAACGCUUGAUCCUGGACUGCAAUACAAAAUGAACCAUCAAAGAAGAGGAGUUGCAUUAAUCUUCAAUCACGAGCACUUUUUUUGGCAUUUGAGGCUGCCAGACAGACGUGGGACUCUUGCAGACAGAAACAAUCUGAAACACAGUUUGACAGACCUCGGAUUUGAAGUCAGACAUUUUGAUGAUCUGAAAGCAGAAGAUGUGCUGCAGAAGAUCUAUGAAGCCUCUAAGGAUGAUCACAGCAAUGCCGACUGCUUCGUUUGUGUGUUCCUGAGUCAUGGUGAGAAUGAUCAUGUUUAUGCAUACGAUGCCCAAAUCAAAAUUGAGACAAUCACAGACAUGUUCAGAGGAGACAAGUGCCAGAGUCUGGUAGGAAAACCGAAGAUAUUUAUCAUUCAGGCAUGUCGAGGUGAUAAACAUGACGAACCAGUUAUUGCUCACGAUGAAACAGACGGUGUUGUCAGUGAGACUGAAGUGGAUGCAGCUGGUGUCUAUACCCUGCCUGCUGGUGCAGACUUCAUCAUGUGCUACUCUGUGGCGCAAGGUUACUUUUCUCAUCGUGAAACUGUAAAUGGCUCCUGGUACAUUCAAGAUUUGUGUGAGGCACUUAGGAAGCACGGCUCUUCCUUGGAGUUCACAGAACUUCUUACUCUCGUUAACAGGAAAGUAUCUCAUCGGAGAGUGGAUAUGUGCAGAAACAUUAACGCUAUAGGAAAAAAACAGAUUCCCUGUUUUGCCUCAAUGUUAACUAAAAAAUUGUAUUUUCAUCCAAAAUCUAAGAAGAUUGUUAUUUAACAGUGACAACCAUUAACUAAUACUCACUGCAGAGGUGAAAAAACACACCAUCUUAGUUCAGGAGACGAAUAUUCUACAAGACUUUGCAAAAACACUGGGAUCAAAGUUUACAGUUUGUAUAUACAACAGUUUCUAAAAUCUUAAAGUGGUUUUAAAGCUAGUAUCACAGCUCUGUUCACCUCAGGGAAUUUGGAAAAGCUUACCGGUGCUCUGAUUUUAUUGAAAUUGGUACUCUAGAUUACUUCUUCUCUUAAAAGUUUUUUGCGUGAUUGCCAUCUAACUAUGGCACGUUUUGCCAUUUCCAAAACAUUUCAUAUGUUGCAUUCGAUUGGCUUUUCUUGCUCCAAGAGCAGUUUAACAGGAAUAUGUUUGUUGGGCAUCUGUUUAGAUCUGUGGACAGCAGUAUCCACCUUCCAAUUUUUGUAGGUUUAUAGCUUUUCAGACAUUGAAAUCAGUUCAUUUUUAGUACUGAGGGAAAAAAACAUUUUGUACAAUUGUAGCAUUAAUAUAGAUAAAGGGCUUCUUUUUGCUUGCACAUCAUUUGCGUUUGGGGCACAAUUAAAGCUUGCUGGUGCUUUGCAUCCUCAGGAAAAAAGCAAGCGGUAGUGAAAUGAGACCACGUAGAGCUGGCAUAGCGUGGCUUUGGCUAAGCUCACCUUGUACACAUCUCUAAAGCUAAAGCAAAUCAUUUCAGGGUUCCAGGCUCACUUAAAAGUGCUGGACAUCUCUAGGCAGCUCUGCAAAUACAGCACAGGCAAACCUUGAUACCUCAGGCCUUGGUGUUGGAUCAGCCUCUUCCUCCCCUUGGCCCCAGAGGAGAUCAGCCAUACGCUGUCAUGGUGUAUACAGAAGUGGUAGUGCAUUUGUCACCACAGGAUGUUUCACCAUAGGAUUGUUACUGCUGCAGCACCAGUCAUUUCAGUGAUAUUUACUAGAAGUGAAUAUUUCUUUCAUUAUUUUUUUACGUUAUUGGUACAUACGCUUAACUCUGGGGGACAAUGGAAAACUCAAGCUGAGAAAAGUGUCUUAAUCCACUCUCCUGGGUAUAAAGGAAUUGAUUUACUGGCUCUGCUUUAGUUAAAUCUUUCCAUAUAAUAUGUUCUGAGUCACAAAUGUUAAAUCUUACUAUGGCUACUUUUAAGCUUUGUAUAAAUCAUGAAUGCAUAAAUUUUAAUGUUUUGAUAAAUUCUUUUAAUAAAAUGCAACAGUGAAACAUAA